AAAAUUAAUAUAUAGUUUAUAAUAACUAAAUGAAUUUUUACCUUGAUAUUAUAUGGACGAGGUGGAAUGCCGACAUCAAUAGAGAAAUAUUGUCCAAUACCGGAGUUUCCAAGCUUUUGAUAAACAUGUCGACAAGACCAUCCUUCUUCAAGUGCAGCCACUCUUCAGCUCUCAAGACCACUUCAAAUGCCUGGUGCACCUGAGAAAGCAUUCUGAUCGUCUCACUGUCGUCGAGACCUUGCAAGGCCUUGCUGAUCACAUUCAGGAUCAUCAUCUCAGACUCUAAAAUUUUCAAUAAAUAUAAAAUAUUACACAGAUUUGAUUUCAAAUUACGUUGAGCAAUGAAAAGGAAAUCCCUCUUGACUUUCAGAAGGCCAAUUUGCAUCAUGUACGUAAGAGUUUGCUUUGGCGUUGGGACGGAAAUCAGAGUAGCAUCUUUUGAUUUAAACAAACCAACGCAAAUUUUCCCCAGGUCGCUGUUGUUGCACGAUUGGAUCUGGAAGAAAUCAUUUCAGGAUUAACAUAAAAUUUAGGUUUCAAUAUUUAAAUUCUACCAAGAAAUCGUGAAUCACACUAUGCUUCAUCACAUUCUCAAUUUCAAUUGCAACGUCGUUGAUCAUGGAGAUAUCUGAAAUUUGAAAAGAUUUUGGGCAUCGAGAAAUUCAUUUAACACUAAAAAUUUACUUUUGAUAGAGUUCCAAACUGCGUCGGUCAAGUCUGAGCAAGGUCGAUGCCCAUCGCCAACAAUUUUGAACAGGUUGCUGAGCGACUCCAAAUCUGUUUCAGUAUCAAGAUCAAGAUUGGAAUUCAGCAUUUCUAGGAUAGUUUGGCCAGUUGGCUCUGCAUCGACGCAGGGCAAAGAAACGCUGGGGUCAACUGAAUCUUGCUUUAAGAUUCCUGAAAUAUACUGUAGCAGAUGGAUCUCUUCCCAAAUCUUUCCUGUCUGCCAGUGAGAGUAGUUGUUUUGCAGGGUGAUUUCCUACAUUUCUAAUUUUAUUAUUCAAUGAUUUAAAAGUACUUUUAAAACUUACAAUUUUGGCUUCGGUGCCAGCCAACUGAGUAGUAGGAAUGUCAGAGUUGAAAUUUUUUGGAUUGGCCCAUGCCAUUUUGACGUGAAAACAGUCUGCCUUAGGAUCAGUGCCUUCUUUCAGGUGAGUUUGUUGCAAAUACUCUGCUCGCAAAACUGAACUUUCCUGAAAUUAUAUGAAUAUAAAUUUGUGUAAAACCAAAUUUUUUUGUAUAAUGUCGUACAAGUUCAGCGCCGGAGUUUAUGACUUGAUUGAAAAUUUUCUCUCUGACAACUUUCAUAUCACUGGCAUUCAGAUUUCCCAAAGACUUUGCCUCAAGGGUAGUGUCACUGAUGCACGUCAACGAGCCAGAGCCAAAGAGACAGGAGGAGAGAACUGUUGGGCCCCCAAUGCAAACGACGAUCACUGAAGCCAAGUCGUGUUGACUGAAUUGGUUUGCUCGGCAGAACUUAGCAACUUCCAUGCCAUACCAAAGCAUGAUGUUUCUAAGGAAUAUAAUUUUUUUAUUAUUAGAAAUAACUCAAAGGAAUGAUCAAACCUGGCCAGCUGAACAGGCAAGGGCGUGUAGAUGUCAAGGGGGAAGAAAUUCUUGUUCAGAGUUGUGAGUUUCGAGUUGAGCAAGUCCAUUUCCUCCUCUGUGAAGGGGCAUUCCAAGGGACAGCCCUCAAUUUCAAGUCCAACGGGGGCUACGACUUCCUGCUUUUCAGAGUUGACAUUUGCCUGAAAAAUAUUUUACAAAUUCUCAUUAUUAUUAAAAAUUAAAAUCAUCAAAUUUUAGAACUAACGAGUGGGUCAAUUUUGUUGACCACAGUGUUUGAGAUGACUAAGAAGCGGCCGUUGCAGUGGGCGUUCAAGACCCUCAUGAAGCUGGGCGGAUGGUCCACCAGAGUGAUCAGAGGUUGACAUUCUUUGAAUGAUUUGCUCCAUUCCAAUCGGUGCUGCUGAAUUAGACCCUUGAGAAGGUUCAUUUGCAGAAAGGCCGCUCCGUCAUCUCUGCUGAAUUUGACAUCUCCAGACUUAGCCUUCAUUUUUGCAGGGUCUUUAGCAAAUUUUCUAAAAAUAGAUUGAUUCGGCUCAAUUUGUCAUCACAUUAUGAUAUUAGGUACAAAUAUCCAAAAAAAUAUUUACCAACCUACCACCUGUCAAUGUCAACAAUUGCGUGCUUUACGCGGGCUGUGAGCGGCUGAGCACUCUUCUUUAAGUGUACCAACAUGACAAGUAGAUUAGCAAUUAGCGGCAAUUAGUUUGAAACUGGUAAAUAGGUAAAUUAUUGAAAAUAAACUACAUAAAAAAAUUUUCACUCAAAUUGAAUGAUGAUAAAUUAUAAUUUAUGUAUUUAACGCUAUGAUUGUUAUAAUUAAUUUUUUGCGAUUAAUUCUAUCACUUUUGCUAUUUUGCCUCUCAGCCGGCAAGUGCUUCAGCCACGCCCCUGUCACUGUGCCACUCAAAACAAACUCAAAACUCAAAAAUCCACCUACCAAUUUAAAUGUAAAUACAACUAUGUAGUAAAAAUUAAACCAACAUAAAUAAGACCUGGCUAAAUGGUAUUAACUAUAGCCAAUUAAAUCAAAAUUCAACAACAACAACAACAACCAAUUCUUUUGCAUCCUCGGGCUCGGUUCAAAACCUAAAUAAGAUUAAAUUGUGAAUUAAUAGGUCUUGGUCGAGUCGAAACGAAAGGCGAAAGCCUCUGAAAACACUGAAAAAGAAAGACAAAGUUUGGCACUCGAUAUAAUGCAAUUUUUAACGGAAGAACUAUGGUACUUGAGAACUUGUUCAGCUCUCAAAAGGAGGCUCAUCCACGACCUUAGCCAGAUCUGAUACAUAAUCUUUUCAAGCCGUCUCAUCUGAAGAGUCUAAUAUGGCGGAUACUGAUAAUUCUGCAGCGGACAAAAUAAUACUUGGUCUUCAAAACACUUCACUUCCAGAGGAGGAUAACAUUCCGGACGACAUAAUGCAGAGAGCAGACGAUGUUUUGGCGGCAAUACAUUUGACCGAGCAAGAAGGCCACAAAUUAGCCAACAAUGUCAUGAGCCUGUUGGUUUUUGUUUUAAAUGCAUUCGGCCCAAUUCGCAGUGUAAAGGCCCAAGAAGCGUUCAUUGUCAGGCUCACUUUAACUUGCAAGGCAAUCAAGAAGUUCGUCUUUGAAGGUCAAGAGACAAAAUGUAGCGUGAGGAAUUGUACGCGAGAAGCGAAGUACAAGGCGAGCGCCGAGCUGUCAUGCAAUGUUAUACUGUCAAUACUGCAUCCGAAACCCAGAUGGCCUUCGUUGUCAAGAGGUGGGCUGCACUUGGACUGGCAAGCAAAACUCUUGUUGCAUUGGAGCCACCAGUUCAAGCUACUCCGGCUUUAGACCCAAAUAUUAGCCUUGACCCUGUGACCUACCUUGAAGCACAGCUAGCCUCAACAACACUGACGCAACACCCACUCUCACCUGACGUUGUAGAUAAGGCCAAUGGCCUUCUGGCGUCCCUGCUUACUGUCAAACUUGCACCUGAGGCCAAAAUCGACAAUGCAUUCAACUUUGUACUGAAACUAAUGGACAUGUACAAACAGAAAAGGCUGACGUCCAUGAAAGACAAGCAGUUGCUCCUGUUACAUCUGGCGGAAUCGUCAGAAAUUAUGAGCGAAACCAUGUUUCCAAAAGGUAUAAAGUGCUCGAUGUGCGACGAAGUCGGUGACUUCAGGUCAGCGUGUUGUAAGAGGACCUACUUUUGCGGACCUUGCUCGCUUAAGAGAGGCAACAUUUGCCUGAUGCAGUGUACCUGGAGUGGGCGCACUUUUGUCCUCUCGUAAUAGUUUAUCUGUGUGCAGUCUCGUUAUUCAUAAAAUUUUUCAAAAAAAUAUCAAAAAAAAAUUGUAUCAUACUCAUUGAUAUUUUUUUUAGUGUACUUAUCACAUUUUAGAAUUUAAUCAUAAAAACCACAAGUAAUUAUUUGGUCUUUGGUCCCUUUUCUUUGUGGGGGAAAUUAAAAUUUUCUUUUGAGUCUGAAGGUAUAAUGUGUUCUAAAUAAGAUUUUGUCUUGGGCCAACAUAAACACUAUGAUAACCGAAACAAAUUUAUAAUAAUGUUUUUCUUAAAUAAUGAGAAGUAAAUAAAAAAAUCAUUAUCAUGUCUUUUUAAUUUUAUAUUUUCUCAAACAUCCUUGUCCAGUAUUAUUCAAGGCACACUUAUGUUGACUUCAAGCUCUUAGUUCAAUAAAUCAAAUGUUUAAUUCUUAUCUUAAUCUAAUU